AUGGCGCAGUUGUAUUACGGUGGCGGAGCUGGGAGCGCUUAUAGCGGCGGGAGGGGAACCUCGCCGCGCCGGGACCGAAUCCGGUUGCGGGUGGUGCGCUCGGAGCCGGAGCUGUGUGCGCAGGAGAAAGCGUACCUGAGCGCAGUGGAGCGGGGAGACUACGCGAGCGUGAAACGAGCCCUGCAGGAGGCUGAGAUCUACUUCAAAAUCAACGUGAACUGCGUGGACCCGCUGGGGCGCAGCGCUUUACUCAUCGCCAUCGAGAACGAGAACCUGGAGAUGGUGGAGCUGCUGCUGGCUCAUGAUGUGCAUGUGGGUGACGCGCUGCUCCAUGCCAUCCGCAAAGAGGUGGUGGGUGCCGUGGAGCUCCUGCUCAACCAUAAGAAACCCAGCGGAGAGAAACAGGUGCCUCCUAUCCUGCUGGACAGACAGUUUUCUGAAUUCACCCCGGACAUCACGCCCAUCAUCCUCGCUGCCCACACCAACAACUAUGAGGUCAUUAAGAUGCUGGUCCAAAAAGGGGUGUCUGUGCCUCAUCCCCACGCGGUUCGCUGCAACUGUUCGGAAUGUGUAUCCAGUUCAGAUGUGGACAGCCUGCGCCACUCGCGCUCCCGUCUUAACAUCUACAAGGCCCUGGCGAGCCCGUCGCUCAUUGCUCUGUCCAGCGAGGACCCCUUCCUCACGGCCUUCCAGCUCAGCUGGGAACUUCAGGAGCUCAGCAAGGUGGAGAAUGAGUUUAAGGCCGAGUAUGAGGAGCUGUCACACCAGUGCAAGCGCUUCGCCAAGGACCUGCUGGACCAGACGCGCUCUUCCCGCGAGCUGGAGCUCAUCCUAAACUUCCGUGAUGACAUCAGCCUGCUGCAGGAUGAAACCAAUGAUCUAGCUCGCCUCAAACUUGCCAUUAAAUACCGUCAGAAGGAGUUUGUAGCACAGCCAAACUGUCAACAACUUUUGGCUUCACGCUGGUACGAUGAGCUUCCAGGCUGGCGGAGGCGCCACUGGGCUGGCAAACUAAUUACAAGCAUCUUUAUCGGCCUGCUCUUCCCCGUCUUCUCCAUCUGCUACCUGGUGGCACCAAAGAGUCAUUAUGGCCUUUUCAUCCGCAAGCCCUUCAUCAAGUUUAUCUGCCACACAGCCUCGUACCUGACCUUCCUCUUCUUUCUUCUGCUGGCCUCGCAGCACAUCGUCUCCACAGAGCCUAACCGUCAGGGCCCCGAACCCACCCCCGUGGAGUGGAUGAUCUUGCCUUGGGUUCUAGGUUUCAUUUGGACAGAAAUCAAACAGAUGUGGGACGGUGGAUUACAGGAUUACAUGCACGACUGGUGGAACCUUAUGGACUUUGUCAUGAACUCUCUCUACCUGGCAACCAUUUCCCUCAAGAUAGUUGCAUUCGUCAAGUACAGUGGAUUUAAACCGAGGGAGAGCUGGGAAAUGUGGCACCCCACACUGGUGGCCGAGGCUGUGUUUGCCAUUGCUAACAUUUUUAGCUCCCUGCGGCUCAUCUCUCUCUUUACUGCCAACUCUCAUCUGGGUCCCCUGCAGAUCUCCCUGGGUAGAAUGCUGCUGGACAUCCUCAAGUUCCUCUUCAUUUACUGCUUGGUGUUGGUGGCCUUUGCCAAUGGCCUAAACCAGCUGUAUUUCUACUAUGAGACCAGCGACGAGAAAAGCUGCAAGGGCAUACGAUGCGAACGGCAGAAUAACGCUUUCUCAACGUUGUUUGAGACCUUACAGUCUUUGUUCUGGUCCAUAUUCGGCCUUAUCAAUCUGUACGUGACCAACGUUAAAGCUGACCAUAAGUUUACAGAGUUUGUGGGAGCCACCAUGUUUGGCACAUACAACAUAAUCUCUUUGGUGGUCCUGCUGAAUAUGCUCAUCGCCAUGAUGAACAACUCCUAUCAGCACAUUGCUGAUCAUGCUGACAUUGAGUGGAAGUUUGCCAGGACCAAGUUGUGGAUGAGCUAUUUUGAGGAAGGGGGUACACUGCCUCCACCGUUCAACAUCAUUCCUAGCCCCAAAUCCAUGUGGUACCUCAUUAACUGGAUAAAAAUACAUGUUUUUAAAGGAAAGUCAAAGAAGACAGAAACCUUUGGAGUGUUAGGGAGAAGAGCUGCUGAAAAAGUCAGGCUCAGCCACCAAUAUCAGGACGUUUUGAAGAACCUGGUAAAGCGAUACGUAGCAGCCAUGAUCAGAGAUGCUAAGAAGGAGGAAGGACUCACAGAGGAAAACUUUAAGGAGCUGAAGCAAGACAUCUCCAGUUUCCGCUAUGAGGUGCUGGGAAUGCUGAAGAGCAAAAGGAUGUCCCUGCGUGACUCUAAAAGUAUUUCUGGGCCCUCAAACACUUCACAUCCAACCUGUUUACACCAGCUGUCUAUAGUUCAACAAAAGAAUAUCAAUCCAAGCAUGUACAAGCCUCAAAGUUACCUCCACAAUGGCUCAGUAAUUUCAUUAAGUGAGACAUCCUCUAGAGAAAAGGCAAGAAAACAUAGCAUUAAGGGCAGCCAAAGGUCUGGGCAAGGAACAAAAGAUUGUGCAAACAUGUACGCAGUCUCAGAGGAGGCUGGAGAGAUAGAUAAUGAUGAAUCUGUUUGCUCACUGGAGGACGGACAUGAAAAUUUGGCUAAGAUGGAAAAGGACAAUGGGAUCGAGUCAGAGUGUCUUUCUGAAGAAGCCGAGGAAACAGUGCCAAGUGAAUCUGCAACAGCAGAACAUAUCUGCUCUGUUUCACCCACAGACACGUAA